UACGUUCAAAAAUCAACCUGCCUGAGAUGGCAGCAAAAGCAUUACUUGAUUUGGAUUCAGAGAACCCUGGGAGAUGUAUUCUUUUGUCCAACAAGAGGGGCGAGAAAAAUUUCUGGCCACACAACUAUAGAUAUUAAAAACAAGGUCUGGUCUGUACAUUUGUGGCUGGCAAUAGAUCACACCCACAAACACAUCUGAUUUAUUCAGAGUAGGAAAGAGUAACGGACAGGAUUCACCAGGAAGGGUAUACCCCAGAUAUAAACCUUGGAUUGCAUGAUGUUGAGGAAGAGACAAGGAAAAAAUGUUGUAUGUGCACAGUAAGAAGUUGGUCAUUGUCUCAGGGCCUGAAAGUGUGAUUAGAAUCAGGAAAAAUCAAAGAAUUUGUGCAGAAAUUGUAGUGAGAAAUGCACGUAGAUUCCACUAUUUAAAGGAUAAAGCGUGCUCUUGCGGAGAUUAUUCGUGAAAGGUUUCCUUUGACCAAUGGAUCAUCAAAUAUGGACAAAUUGUGAACCAAGAAUGGAUGGUCUUUUAGAUGAGCACGAGUUUUAAGUUGAUAGUACUUUCUUGUACAAGUUAUAUUCGCUUUUUGAACGUUAGCUGGUUGGUAUUUCUCCAUGACUAGAUGUUGAAGAUUGUGAUGCGCAGAUACUACAUUUCGUCUCAUCAAAAUCUGGUCCAUGUGGGCCCAAUUCAAAGUAAUUUGGCAUCCAAAACGAUGGAAAGUUGGGAUCUGAGUGUAGGCCCACUGGAUACUGUCACAAUUUGAAAGGUUUCAUCUGGUAAAUGGUGUAUUAUACUGGAGAAUUCACAUUUGGGCUGAUUGGUUCCUUAGCCGCGUCAAUUUCUAUAUUUAUAACGAAAUUUGAGGGUGGGUAAUCAGAAUCCAUAUCAAGCUGAGAAUCCAUGGAUUCAAAGUCUUUGGAUCUCAAAGUCAUGUAUUGCAAAGAUCUGAAAGCAUUCAAUUUCUUCCAGAAACUCCUGGUGUACGUUCUUGUUUCGCUUGAGAGCGAUGAUCCUGACAAGAAAUUAAAGCAGAACCAGCAACAAAGGACGCCAACAGAUGCAGAAGGAGAUGGGAAUCCUGAGUGGAAUCACGAGAUGCAUUUUGAUCUGAGUGAGGUUUCUGUUGUGGAUUGUGAGCAUCUCUUUAUUCAUUUUGAUCUAUACCAUGAAGGGCUUUAUUUUGGAGACAAAACUAUUGGGGAAGUUCGUGUGCCCUUGAAGGAUUUGAUCGAAGAGAGUCGUGGAAUCGUCAGGUUUGUGAAUUAUCAGGUCCGUACUCCAGAUGGGAAGCCCAAUGGAUUACUGAAUUUCUCCUAUACGGUACAUGCCAAGGCUGAGGAUAUGGGGAUUCAUUUCCUCACGAGUGAGAUCAGUGGUUACUCGGCAGUGGUUCAUCAUCGUCAUCAUCAUCAUCAGUCCCCUGAGAUUCAAUACCCCACAUCAGAAGUUGAGAGCUCAUCUCCUGGAAUUCACUAUCCAUCUCUAGAAUUGGAAGAUAGCCCCCUAGAAACUUACCUUGCUGCUCACAUCUAUCCAUCUCAUGGAACCCAGUAUUCCUCUCAUUAUACCCCUGCUCCUCAUGCCUAUUACCCAUCAUCAAUGCUGCCGCCACCUCCACCGCCGCCACCACCUCCACUGCUGUGCCAACCAGCACCACCACAUCCAAAUCCACAUGGGGCAUGUUACCACCCUCCUUAUCCUCCAGGGUUCCGCCCUUGGGAGCCCAAUGGGGUUUAUGACCAUAGUGUGCACAGUAACUGCAGAUCAACAGGCAGACAAAGACCACAAUUUUGGCAAUGGUGAACCGUGGAGAAAUGACUUGGCAGCUUAUUGGAAUGGAAGGUGAGGACCUCUAGGGCAAAAUCAUGUGUAUUGUUUAAGAUUUGAAUGAUGGUUAUGAUGUUGCUAUACCUAUAUCUGAAACAUAAUUUGUCAUUUAUUUGGCUUUUUAUCCAUCACUUUGUACCAAA